AAUGGGAUCCCACUGUGUCUUUCCCCGCUCCCACCGCAGGGUGACCCAGAAGAGCUAGAAGGGGAUUAGAAUAAGAACCCGCAAAAGAAGAAAAGUAGGGGAUAGAGAGAGAGAGAGAGAGAGAGUAAACCCUAGUCGAUGGGCAUCUCUAGAGCCCAACACCACCACCGCCACCGCCACUCUUCCUCUCCUCCCCGAAUCUCCAGAACCCCAUUCCUACUCGUUACCAUAACCUUAACGAUUCUCCUCCCCGCCGUGGCGGGUGACCUCUGCACCCUGGUCUAUAAGGGCUGCGCCAACCAGACCCUCUCCGGCAGCGGGGCAGCCUACAUGCAACCCCUCGCCGCCCUUUCCUCCGCACUCACCGCGCGAGCUGCCGCUGCCAAGUUCUACAAAACCACCACCUCCUCGGCCGUCGGCGGCCAGCCCCUCUUCGGUCUCUUUCAAUGCCGCGGAGACCUCUCCCCCUCCGACUGCUCCGCCUGCGUCGGCUGCGUGCUCCCCAUGUGGACGUCCCUCUGUGGCCCCGCUGCCGCUGCCCGUGUCCAGCUUAACGGGUGCUACGCCCUGUACCAGGUUUCCGGCUUCCCGCAGGUCUCCGGCACCCAGAUGCUCUACAAGGCAUGCGGCUCCGGCGGCGGCGGUGGCGGCUUCGAGGUGAAGCGCGACACGGCCUUCGCCCAGCUCCAGAGCGGCGUCGCCGGCGGCCAGGGGUUCUACGCCACCAGCUACGCCUCCGUCUACGCCAUGGCGCAGUGCGAGGGCGACCUUUCCGCCGGCGACUGCAGCGAGUGCAUCGCCCAGGCGGUCCAAAAGUCUGAAGUGGAAUGCGGCGGCGCCGCCUCCGGCCAAGUCUACCUCGACAAAUGCUACAUCAGCUACAGCUAUUACGCCAAUGGCGUUCCCCACGGAGGCGGCGGAGGAGGCGGAGUCGGCGGCGGCGGCGGCGGUGGCGGAGAGGGGCAAACAGAGAAAACAGUGGCCAUAGUGGUGGGAGGGGCAGCAGGGGUUGGAUUCUUGGUGAUCUGCUUGCUGUUUGCCAGGAGUGUAAUGAAGAAGAAGGAUGAUUUUUGAGGACUGGUGGUGGCAGGAAAGCAACAGAGGAGUAAUUGUUGGGAAUUUGGCUAUGGAGAGGGAAAGAUGUCCUUGUGAAACAUUGGACUUCAGGGACAGGAGGGAUGGAGUGGAUGUUUGUCCCUUUGGUAAGAGUUGAUGGAAUGCUGAAGAGGCCCGCCCUCCCUUUGGCUGUUUCCUUUCUUCGCAUGGGUGUCAUCCACCAUGUGAGUGAGAGAAUAAUGUGUCGGAUCCGAUCUGCGCUGACUCCCUGUAAGGAGAUGCUCUUUGUUUCAUCAUCAUCAUUAUGUACAUCUGCCUCUGGGCUGGGAGGGAUGUAACCCUAUACAGAUUCAAGGGAAUAUUCUCGACAGAAAACAUAGGCUGGAUAACCUUCAGUU